GGAAAUUUUGCAAAAUUGACAGAUGUAUUUUGGAGGCAAUUCGCAAGUUUAUGUUUUUCUUUUGAUUUGAGUGUUUAGUCGAGUUUCCACAAGUUCUCAUUGCGGAAAAUGGAAGAUUCGCUGGAUUUGACGAUGGAUUCGGAUGACGAUGAUGCUCUCCUAGCUGCUGCUGAAGCUUCGAAACCGAGUCAGCCUUUUGAAAGCGUAGAGCAGGGUCAGGAAACUAAUGCCCAUACUGACUGUUUGAAGAAUAUAUUCGGCCACGAUUUCUUCCGGCCAUUGCAAUGGCAAAUUAUUCGAUCAAUUCUCAACGAGAAGAGAGACAAUUUCGCUGUUAUGGCGACAGGAUCCGGGAAAUCUCUAUGCUACCAAUUCCCAGCUGUUUUUGCGAAGAAGUUGACGCUGGUAAUUUCGCCACUUAUAUCUUUGAUGAAGGAUCAAGUCGAUGCCUUGGAGAACAAGAAGAUCAAAGCAGUUUUCCUCGGCUCAGCGCAGAAAGAUAGCAAUGCUUUCAACGACGUUACAAAGGAAGACUGCCGACUAGUCUAUAUGUCUCCUGAAUACUUCUGCAGUGACAGAUACAAAGCUGAUCUCGAUAGCCUGGCGGAACGGCUCAUCCUCGUGGCCGUCGAUGAGGCUCACUGCAUCAGCCAGUGGGGCCACGACUUUCGACCGGCGUUCAAAUCACUCCACUGCAUUCGAGGGAGGUUUCCUGGAGUUCCCAUCCUGGCACUGACUGCGACAGCGACACACCAAGUUCGUGAAGACAUCGUGAAUUCCUUGUGUCUGACAGAUCCUCAGUACAGCAUCAGCAGCUUUGACCGACCGAAUCUCAUAUUGGAAGCCUAUCCGAGAUACGAAUCGUCUUUGCGGUCUCGUCUGAUGUCUGCCAUUCAAGACGCUUCCGGCGGAAGCGUCAUAAUUUACUGCAUUUCGAGGGCAGACACUGAAGAAAUGGUAGUAGAUUUGGAGAACUUCAACAUCGCAGCUGCAGCUUAUCACGCUGGACUAACGAUGAAUGAGCGCACUAAGGUGCAACAGGAUUUUUACAAUGAUAGAGUGAAGGUAAUUGCUGCUACCAUUGCCUUCGGCAUGGGAAUCGAUAAGCCCAACGUGCGACUUGUCGUUCACUACGGAUGCUCACCGAACAUAGAGGCGUAUUAUCAGGAAAUUGGGCGAGCAGGACGAGAUGGUGGGACUUCUAAGUGCAUCCUGUUUUACCACGCGAAAGACUUCUGGGCGCAUGAAUUCAUGUGGAAAAAGCCAACACGCGGCGCUCCCAAGAAGACAGAAGAAGAUUUGGUACGCCUCAGAGCUCUUCAGAAACACAUAAAGCAGUACGUCUAUGUAAGAUCCUGCCGACGCAAAUUCAUCCUCGAUUACUUUGGCGACCCCACAGCUUCAGAUCUCAAGUUCAGGAACGAUUGUUGCGACAAUUGCAAGAAUUAUCCUUUGCUUAUGACACACAGUGAUUAUGAGGAGCUGGAUGACAAAGGAAUGUAUGACUUCACUGAGGAAUUCACUGCUUUCCUAAACGCUGCCAAGCCCAAGAGCGUCACUCAAUAUGCAACGAUGCCACAGAUUGCGUUGCUUCUGAAAGACUCAAAUUCGUGCCAAAUAUUCCCGAGACACAAGGAUGACAAGUGGUGGAAACUCGUGGGAAAGAUGCUGAUUACACAAGGAUAUCUCGUGACUGAACUUCUCAAUCUCGCAGCCGACACAGGAAGAAAGAAUUUCAUCACUAUCAUAAGGAUUACCGGAGAUGGACAGAUGUGGGUUGACGGAAAGCAGAAAGCUGUUCUCCAUCCAAUGAAAGAAAUGGAGAAGUUCUUCACGAAGAAGAAGAGUGUUUCUGUGGCGCCUCUCUUCACCCUCAGCUCAUCUUCCAGUGCUUCCACUUCUCGCACAGUCGCUAGCGAGUAUCCUCCGGCCAGGACAAAUGCUAAUGUGGUGUCGAAAACAAUCGAAGAGAAUCCUUCAGCGAAAGCCACUACAUCGCAAGCGCUGGAGAAAUUGAAGUCUACUCAGAGCUUGACUCAGAGUGACUCUGCUCAGGAUGUCAGUGUCACACACGGACAAGAUAAGACUGUAACCUUGGGCAGGAAGCCCGUGUUUGCUCCAGUGCGUUAUCUGGCCGAUGACAGCAGCGAGGACGAGGCAGAGACUAAGGAGAACGUCCUGCCCAGACAAAUUUCUGUGCCACCGACAGCGAAGAAGCGCCGUCAGAAUCUCAAUUUGUGAUUCAAUACUCAUUCCAUGA